AGACGACGGCAGCGUUCGGUAUCUUUGCAGAGAGGAAGAGGCAGUGUUGUGUCUCCUCUGGUGAUGUUUAUGUUUUAGCAGAGAGUAUUUGACACUAUGGACCUACCGGAGACGAUCAGAAGACGUUUAGAAGACUUCUCUCGGAAUGUGUUAUUUGACCAGAGCCGGUCUGAGCCUUUUUCAAAGGAAAAUGACACGUUUUUGCCACACGACAAGCGGGUUUUGUCAAGUCUCCACCUCCAGAUGUCUCUGUACUUUAACAUGUGGUUCUUCCCCUUGUGGUGGAUCAGUGAAAUUGUAAUGCUGCACCUCAAGUAUCCUGCCUUGCCAGACUACUACAAGUUCAUCCUUGUGACUGUUCUCAUCGUGAUGACUCUGAUAGAAGCCAUUAGACUUUAUCUCGGUUAUGUCGGGAACCUGCAAGAAAAGGUCCCAGAGUUGGCUGGAUUUUGGCUCCUGAGCAUCCUGCUUCAGUUUCCAUUGAUCCUGUUUCAGCUCUUUAAUGAAGCCAUUCUCAUACAGCCCCUGGAGAGAGGUGUUCACAUAGUUCUCGCUAUAUUCAUACUAACACAGGCCCUCUCUGGUUUUGUGGCGCUCCGGGACAUGGUCAGACACACAGAAACCCAGUUUCAUCUCAGACAGUUUCACUAAAUUCUGAAUGUAACUUACGUGCCACAUCUCGACACACCAGGACAUGUCCUUACCUUACACCACCCAGACACAGAGGCCAACAACAAAAAUUAUAUGUCACUUUUUAUAUUGAGUGCAGUACAUGGGUUAUUUUCUGCCCACAACUGAUUAUUAAGGAGAAAAAUGUUUGACCAUAUUUAUUUUUGUAUUUUAUUCACAUUAUAUUUCAUUGUAUUGGAUUGUAUAUGUAUUGGAUUGCAUUGCAUUGUUAUUUUUAUAGAGUUGCAAUAAAUAAAAUCUAUAUAACACAGA